UAUUAGAGUGAUAAAUUAAAAAAUGGGUCAACGCGUGUCCAGAACUGAUUUUGAGUGGGUGUUUACCGAGGAACCGCACGCGAGUAGGCGAAAACAAAUUUUAGAAAAAUACCCUCAAAUCAAAAAAUUAUUUGGAUAUGAUCCAAAUUUCAAAUGGGUUGUAACAGCUAUGGUGCUUUUUCAAUUGGCAUCCAUGUUUUUAGUUAAAGAUUUAAGUUAUCCUAAACUAUUAUUCUUAGCUUAUUGUAUCGGAGGUCCAAUAAAUCAUUCUUUGAUGCUUGCUGUUCAUGAAAUUUCCCACAAUCUUGCAUUUGGACAUUCCAGGCCAAUGGCAAAUAAAUUGUUUGGAUUUUUUGCAAAUUUACCUAUAGGCAUUCCAAUAUCAAUAAGUUUCAAAAAAUAUCAUUUGGAACAUCAUAGAUAUCAAGGUGAUGAAAAAUUAGACACAGACUUACCAACAUUGUUGGAGGCAAAACUGUUUAACAGUACAUUUGGAAAAUUUUGUUGGGUACUUUUACAGCCAUUUUUUUAUUCAUUUCGUCCUUUAAUCACCUAUCCAAAACCACCUACAUAUUUAGAAUAUGUGAAUUUGAUUAUACAAUUGAUUUUUGAUCUCUUGGUGUGGAAAUUUUUUGGUGGGAAAGUUUUAGUUUAUUUUAUCGUUGGUGCAGUAAUGGCAAUGGGCCUCCAUCCAGUUGCUGGGCAUUUUAUAUCUGAACAUUAUAUGUAUAAAAAAGGAUAUGAAACAUACAGCUAUUAUGGUCCAUUAAAUUUUAUUACAUUUAAUGUCGGAUAUCACAAUGAACAUCACGAUUUUCCAGCAGUACCAGGCUCUAGACUACCAGAAGUUAAACGUAUUGCUGCUGAAUUUUAUGACAACUUGCCUCAACAUAACUCAUGGACUUCAGUGUUAUAUGAUUUUGUAAUGGAUCCAAGUAUUGGUCCUUACGCUCGAAUGAAACGAAAACAUAGAGGAAUGAAAUCGUAAUUUAGACUGAAUAAUUUGACUUAUGAUUGAAUUAUUAUAAUUAGUUAUUAUGAAACAUGUGAUUAUGGUUUGAUGUUACCAAAAUUCUGAUUGAAACUGUUGAACUAUUGAAUGAAACUAAUAUAAGUCAAUUUGAAGUGUAUCAAUCAGUAGGUAACUCUCACUUAACUACUAGUUUUUAUGACGUAAAAGUAAGAUUGAAAAUAAAAUAUUUUUUAACUUAUCAAAUAA